CGGGGACGGCAGCGGCCCCAUCGCUGGCUGGAGCGGGAGACGGUGGUGGCGGCCAUGGCGGCAGAUGGAGAGCGUUCCCCGCUGCUCUCCGAGCCCAUCGACGGUGGCGCCGGCGGCAACGGUCUGGUGGGGCCCGGCGGGAGCGGGGCUGGGCCCGGGGGAGGCCUGACCCCCUCCGCACCACCGUACGGAGCCGGUAAACAUGCCCCGCCCCAGGCAUUUCCCCCGUUCCCGGAGGGUCAUCCGGCUGUGUUGCCUGGGGACGACCCCCCCCCCUACUCACCCCUGGCCAGCCCGGAUAGUGGGAGUGCCCCCAUGAUUACCUGCCGUGUCUGCCAGUCUCUCAUCAACGUGGAAGGAAAGAUGCAUCAGCAUGUAGUCAAAUGUGGCGUGUGCAAUGAAGCUACUCCUAUCAAGAAUGCACCCCCAGGGAAAAAGUACGUCCGCUGCCCCUGUAACUGUCUCCUAAUCUGCAAAGUGACUUCCCAGAGGAUCGCCUGCCCGCGGCCCUAUUGCAAAAGAAUCAUCAACCUGGGGCCCGUGCAUCCAGGACCUCUGAGUCCAGAGCCACAACCUGCAGGUGUCAGGGUUAUCUGUGGACAUUGCAAGAAUACUUUUCUGUGGACUGAGUUCACAGACAGAACUUUGGCACGUUGCCCUCACUGCAGAAAAGUGUCAUCUAUUGGGCGCAGAUACCCACGAAAGAGAUGUAUCUGCUGCUUCUUGCUUGGCUUGCUCUUGGCUGUCACUGCUACUGGCCUUGCUUUUGGUACUCGGAAGCACGCACAGAAGUACGGCGGGAUCUAUGCAGCCUGGGCAUUUGUCAUCCUGUUGGCUGUGCUGUGUUUGGGCCGGGCCCUCUAUUGGGCCUGUAUGAAGGUCAGCCACCCUGUCCAGAACUACUCCUGAGCCCCAUCAUGGACACAAGACUGUGCCUGGCCCCUCCCUGGUGGGGACAGUGACACUACAAAGGGAGCUAGGAUAAAGGGCUCCCUGGGCUUCCAUCAGGGAAGCCAAGCAGCUGCCUUCCUUUUCCCUGGGGAGAGGUAGGAAGGAACCAGGCCCUCAGUAGGUUUGGAGGGGUGGAUCAGACCACUGAUGGCCAUCUGCUCUCUUCAAGGGUUGCUGUGUAUAAGGAUGAAGUAGGCGCAAUGUUGCCCUGAACUUGGGCACAAAAAGACGGUUCUAGCCUUGUCCUUCCUAUAUGCUCCCUGAGAGCCAUUCCUGUCCCAAGUACAUUCCAGGGCAGGGUUAGGGUGGGGUAGCCCUGGGAGCCUCCCUCCCUCUUGUGCACCAUUAGGACCUUGCUGCUAUUGCACUUCACCAGGGGCUGGCUCUGGCCUCACUACCUUGUCUCCUCUCCUCCCCCAUUCCAUGCCCUGUGGGGGUGGGGUCAGCCGCUGCUCUGUACAGAACCACAGGAAUGGAUGUGUAUAUAACUAUUUAAUGUAGGGGUCUGUUCCCCUAGCCCUGUAUUUCCCUCAUGCCUCCUUCCAACCUCUUUUACCCCAGUUGCAGUAUCUGCCUGGGCUGGGUAGGGUUGCUGUCUUGGGGGAUGUUAGGGAUUCAACUAUGCCUGUAAAUAAAUACAGUAAUGACUCUA